AUGAUAGAAAAGAGCUCUGUGGUGUCCUCUCAGCGACGGUUGGAGAGGAAACUAAAGGAGCUGAACAUCACCCUGGAUGAGGAGAGACAGCAGCACACAGAGCAGAGAGACCAGCUGACUCUGCGUGUGAAGGCUCUGAAGAGGCAGGUGGAUGAAGGAGAGGCAGAAGCAGAGCGGCUGGAGGGAUUGAGGAGGAAGGCCAUCAGAGAAAUGGAGGAGAUGCAGGAACAGAAGGAGGCGCUGCAGUCCAAAGUCACGGCACUAGAGAAUGAGCUCAAGAGGAAGAUCCAGCAGGCUCGACAGUCAGCUCUGGAGUCUUCAGUGCUCAGCUCUGAUGAUGAUGAUGAAGGAUUGUAUGAUCAUUCCAGCAUAACCUCCAUCCUCACCGAGAGCAACCUACAGACCAGUUCCUGCUGA